CUCUCGUUCGCGUUCACUGUACGUCACCAUUCAGAGCUGGGAGGUAAAUCAUUCUAUUCCAACAUGUAGUUCCUUACCGCUUUUAGCUUCAGUUCAAGUUCACACUGUUCACGAAUGGGUUCGCACUUUGAUAGAAGUGUGAAUAACCAUGUCUGUGCUGCUGGAAACAGCAGUUUGGACAGCAGAGCGGUGUAGCUGUGUAAUUAGCUAAUGGCGCUAAGCUAACUGGGUUAUCAGGCCGUGUUUAUGUGCUAAUUAGACAGCUAGCCGCCAGUUGGCAGCCACGGAGAGUUAAAUCCAGGUUAGCCACACAAAUAAUGGCAAAGUAAUGUUAUCAAAUAAGCACACACCGAGAAGAAAAGAAAAAUGAAGAAAUCUAGAAGUCUGACUCCUUCACCUGUGAAUGGAAAACAGAGUAAUGAUUCCAAACGGAAGAGGAAAAUUGCAGACAUCGCACAGGCGCUGACUGUGUGUCCUGUGGAUGUAGCAGCUUUGAGGAGGAUGGCCAUCAGCGAGGGAGGACUACUGACUGACGAGAUCCGCUGUAAAGUUUGGCCUCAACUUCUCAACGUCCCCACUCAAGUCUUGGAACAGGAGCCAGAAAUGGUGGAACGGGAGAACAACAAGGACUACAACCAGGUUUUGUUGGAUGUCCAGCGUUCAUUACGUAGGUUCCCACCUGGUAUGCCAGAUGAGCAGAGGGAGGGUCUACAGGAAGAGCUGAUUGACAUCAUCCUCCGAGUUCUAAAACGUAAUCCCCAGUUGCACUACUACCAAGGAUACCAUGAUAUUGUUGUCACUUUCUUAUUGGUCCUGGGAGAGCGUCUAGCAACCGCGCUGGUAGAGAAGCUCUCCACACACCACCUCAGGGACUUCAUGGAUCCAACCAUGGACAACACAAAACACAUUCUUAACUAUUUGAUGCCCAUCAUUGAGAGGGUGAACCCUGAGGUGCAUGACUUCAUGCAGCAAGCUGAGGUGGGAACCGUCUUUGCCCUCAGCUGGUUGAUCACAUGGUUUGGUCACGUCCUGUCAGAUUUCCGCCACGUUGUCCGGUUGUACGACUUCUUCCUCGCCUGCCACCCCUUGAUGCCUAUCUAUUUUGCUGCUGUGAUCGUACUCUACAGAGAAGAGGAGGUGUUGGAGUGUGAAUGUGACAUGGCGAUGGUUCAUCACCUGCUGUCUCAGAUUCCCCAGGAUCUACCUUACGAGAUGCUGAUCAGCCAAGCAGGGGACCUCUUUGUCCAGUUCCCACCGUCUGAACUGGCUAGAGAGGCUGCUGCACAUGAAAGCUUGGCAAGCUCUACAUUUAAGGACUUUGAACUUGCAUCCACUCAACAAAGGCCGGACUCUGUUCUGCGUCGCCGGCGUCGGUUGAAUCAGGCUGCACUGGAGAAGUCGGGUUCAAACUCAGUCGUGGUGGUGGCCCGGCCGUCAGCAGCACGGAGGUUUGUCCGAUUGGCCGUCAUGGGUCUGACGGUGGCUUUAGGUGCAGCAGCAUUCGCUGUGGUUAACACGGCGCUUGAGUGGGCGCCUAAACUGGACUUGUUCCCUUAAGUCCUGCAAUUUUUACACUAACUUGUCAAGGAUGGAGUCUAGUUGUUGGGGUUGCUUUUGGGACCCUUUGAAGCAACUCUACUUUGGCUGCUCGCUGUCUGAAGCGUGUUACUUGAACGGAACCGGUUCAGUCUCCCAUAAGAUGCACAUAAACAUCCAGCGCCGGACUUCAAGGGCCAUUUUUGUCACUCUAUUAUGUGUGCAGCUGUAUACCAGCAACUGUUGGUGAUCUGUAGAAUCCAUCUUGUAAUGAAGACUUAUUUCUGGGUGUCAUUAAACUUUAUAAAAUAUAUAUUUGGUAAUAAAUAUUAAUAUAGCUGACGUUGAGUUUUCCUCACAGAUUAAUGUCGAAAGUCUUUGUGGACUCCUUACACUUGAAACUGCUGCCAAUUUUGAGAAUGAAUAAGUUGAAAAUAGACCUGGUCAGAGUUUUCAUCAUCCCUGAAUUUGAAGUACAGAAGUGCAAAAUAGGGUCAAAAAUAAAUACAAAGAACAAAUGGUGUCUGCACAGAAUAUUUAAUAAAAUGUCCAAAGUGAUUGAAGAAUAACAGCAACAAUAACAAAACCCUGUCGUAUUAAAGAAUACAGACAUAAAAUGUACAGAGGAUGCAGUUAUUGGCACACUUUGGUGAAUUUACAUUAAAUCACUUUAAUUUCCAAGCUACUGGAUAUGUCUUGACUCGAUUUACAUCAAUCAUUCAGAAAUGCAAACAGUGUGGUCCUUAUGGUCAAUUGGUCUGGAGUAGGCAGUUCUCAAAAACUGAGUGACCAUGCCAGAUGGAGACUCAUGAGG